AUGAACAGAACAGGUACACGUGGGACAUUCCACCCGUCUCUGAGUGGCUCCGUCAGGACGGGGACGUGGCAGGACCCUUUGGAGCUGUCAGAGGAGGACAUCAAAGUUGCGAUCAAUUCCAUUUCUGAGAUUCAAUUUAUAUUGGAACAGUUUUACUUUGAAAUUGAAAUGGGAUUGACCCUGGAGGACAUAAGCAGAGAGGAUGCAGCUUUCACUGUACAGUGUGAUACUGUAGGCCUAGAUGUCUAACCCAGGUCGAGGUACAGGGGGAUACUUUGGUACAGAAGAUACUUAUUGCACAAAUGGUCCUAAAGCAGAAUUCCAAUAGUAGAUAAUAGUCACAAGUUACUCCGUGAUCAACCAUAAGCCUACAGAGAUAUUGGUUCCAGGCAGGCUUGGUUUGCCUCGUUCGACCAUCCUGACUUACAGAUCUCAUUCUGUUUCUCUGUAAACACAGCAGUCAGUCGGUUUCACCAGCCAAAGGCUGGGUUAGAGUUAAGGAGUUCUGGCGUUACCACACUUUCAAGGAAAGCCUGGAAGGAAAAAAGCAGGAAAGGCUGGAAUCGAUUUUAGGGUUAAAAGAGGCAGACAGGGUUAAAGCUGCAUUAUGUAACUUUUUGGGAGACCCGACCAAAUUCACAUAGAAAUGUGAGUUACAUAUCUGUCAUUCUCAUUGAAAGCAAGUCUAAGGAGCAGUAGAUAUGUUCUAUGUGCGCUAUUUCUAUGCUUCCCAUUCUUAAGUUUAGUUUUUGGGACUUUUACUUUGUUUUUUUACACCAGCUACAUACAGCUGAAAAUACAAUAUUUUUGCUUAUGGAAAAAUAUAUUUCACAGCGGUUUAGAUGGUACAAUGAUUCUCUGGUUAUAGAAAAGUAGUUUAGAUGGUACAAUGAUUCUCUACACUAUACUUUCUUGUUUUGUCACAUAAACAUUUCCCGUUUUUGCAAACGGGAAAUGACGGAGCGAUUUCUGCAUAGUGCAUCUUUACGGGAGGCCGGCCCGGGUUUAGGCUUGCACACAUCGCACCGAAUGUGGAUCUAGCGUUCCUCCGACCAUCAUUCAGUGGGCUGUGUUUUAGGAGACCGUCCGUUGCAGACGUCUGACUGCCAACAUGUUCGCGUAUGUCUACAUUUAAUAUCUGUGUGCACUGGGUGUGCCAAUCACUGCAGGUACUCUGUUCAGAGGUGCUCAGUACUCUCGCUAUUGUUGUGUCUGAACCCAUAGGGUUAAGGGAAGAGUUUCCAGGCAGGAAGGGUUAAAGGGAAACGAGCUGAUUGACAGGAAUGAUGUUCUAGAAGCUCGUACAGCAGAUCAGGAGUAAAUCAGUGACAGCAAACAGCAUGGGAACCUCUCAAAGGUUCUAUCUCUAUAGUAACAACAGGAUGGUACAGCAUGGGAACCUCUCUAAGGUUCUAUCUCUAUAGUAACAACAGGAUGGUACAGCAUGGGAACCUCUCUAAGGUUCUAUCUCUAUAGUAACAACAGGAUGGUACAGCAUGGGAACCUCUCUAAGGUUCUAUCUCUAUAGUAACAACAGGAUGGUACAGCAUGGGAACCUCUCUAAGGUUCUAUCUCUAUAGUAACAACAGGAUGGUACAGCAUGGAAACCUCUCUAAGGUUCUAUCUCUAUAGUAACAACAGGAUGGUACAGCAUGGGAACCUCUCUAAGGUUCUAUCUCUAUAGUAACAACAGGAUGGUACAGCAUGGGAACCUCUCAAAGGUUCUAUCUCUAUAGUAACAACAGGAUGGUACAGCAUGGGAACCUCUCUAAGGUUCUAUCUCUAUAGUAACAACAGGAUGGUACAGCAUGGGAACCUCUCUAAGGUUCUAUCUCUAUAGUAACAAACAGGAUGGUACAGCAUGGGAACCUCUCAAAGGUUCUAUCUCUAUAGUAACAACAGGAUGGUACAGCAUGGGAACCUCUCUAAGGUUCUAUCUCUAUAGUAACAACAGGAUGGUACAGCAUGGGAACCUCUCUAAGGUUCUAUCUCUAUAGUAACAACAGGAUGGUACAGCAUGGGAACCUCUCUAAGGUUCUAUCUCUAUAGUAACAACAGGAUGGUACAGCAUGGGAACCUCUCUAAGGUCAUUCUAAUUCUAUGGUUUUAUCUCUAUGACCACAGCAGGUGACUCUGGUAGCUGCGUAUAUAUUAUUUUUUUGGGGGGGGGGUUGUUGUAAGGAAUUAUAUUUAACUAUCAAUUUUUCGCUAUUGUCCCUUCAAAUAAUUGUAUUCAUUAUAACACAGGAAUGUAAAACCCCUCCACUGUUUUCGUAAUCUUAACCUAUCUAGUAAUUAUAGAAUAACCCAACGUUGGUAGCCUGUUCUGUUUCAUGCAACACUUUCUGCUGUUAAAUGUGUUGGAUAAAAUGUAUCGCUGAUCAAACGUUCUCAUGAGGCCCAAUGCGAAGCCACGAUAGCAAUCGAUUUAGACAACAUUUUUACAUGCAAAUCUGAUUGGACACAGCGUUUGAUUAUAAAAAAAUAAAUAAUAAUCAGCCUCAAUUUAACUUCCAGAGUUGCUUUUUUUUUCUUUUCUGAGGGCUAAUCAUGGACAAUUCCAGGGACAGCUCUAGCCGGGGACAAAAUGGAGGACGUCUGGUCACCCAACUCUCUUGGCUUCUAAUCACUAUGGUCAGAGCAGGAAGGUGGAGCAGUGGAUCCUGUCGGAUCUAGGGAUCCUGUCGGAUCUAGGGAUCCUGUCACUGGGCUAACGUCACAGCAGGGGCCCAGCAUCAGGGGCCCAGCAUCAGGGGCCCAGCAUCAGGGGCCUUCUGCCUGUGUGAGAAACACUGUGAUCAGAGAGAGCACGGCAUUAGUGUUGACAGCCAACCAUCCCACUAAUACUAAAGUAGAAUAUCACUAAUAUAAUAAUAGAAUAUAUACCAUUUUAGCAGACGCUUUUAUCCGAAGCGACUUACAGUCAUGCUUGCAGAACAUUCAACCACUAUCUACCAAUUGAGCUACAGAGGACCACUGUAACUCCUUCCUAUGGAUAGAAUAUGAUGCUAAUCCAACUGUUAAAUGGGCAGCUAGUCUCGAUCUCUAGCAAUGCUAUUUCUAUGAGUCAGCUGCCCAGGGCAGAGGCCAUCUGCUGAGCUGAUCAGAUAAUGACUGUCUUUAGGGGAAACCUUGAGACAGGCCCUGAAGCUAUUGUGAGUCAUUCUCUGAUACAGAGUAGAGCAAAGUGUUACAUUAUCUGAUAUAGACCAAAGCCAGCAAAAACAAACGAAAUGGUCCCUCCCCAAAGGAAAGGAUGCUUCCAGUAACCUGUCAGUCAUCACUGAGUGACAGGCAGAAACAGCCAGUCAUUAUCAGAUGUGAACCAAUAGCUUACUGACCCCCCCCCCCUAUCUCCUCUCCUAUAGGUUAAUGGCUUCUUCACCUUGUUGUUUGGCCUGGCCAGCAUCAACACCCUGACUGUCAUCAGUGUCACCAGAUACAUCAAGGGAUGCCACCCUAGCAAAGGUCAGAAUAACAUAUAAACUAUAACACAAAGGUAAGAAUAACAUAUCAACUAUAACACACAGGUCAGAAUAACAUAUAAAUUAUAACCUCCCGAGUGGCGCAGUGGUCUAAGCUGUGCCACUAGAGAUCCUGGUUCGAAUCCAGGCUCUGUCGUAGCCGGCCGCGACCGGGAGACCCAUGGGGCGGCGCACAAUUAGCCCAGCGUCGUCCAGGGUAGGGGAGGGGCCGGCAGGGAUGUAGCUCAGUUGGUAGUGGGUUCGAUUCCCACAGGGGUAUAAAAAAGAGAAUGUAAGUCGCUCUGGAUAAGAGUGUCUGCUAAAUGACAUAAAUGUAAAUAACACAAAUGUCAGGAUAACAUAUCAAUUAUAACACAAAGGUCAGAAUAACAUAUAAACUAUAACAGCUAAGCUAUCAUCUAAAGUAGGGUGACAAAAUGCUCGUAACUUCCACAGAAUUCCCAGGUUCUCCAGAAAUUCUGCUUUGAGGAUUCCAUUUCAUGAUUCCCUCCUGAUUCCAGGGAAUCUUCUAAGCGGGACUUCUGAAAAACCUGGGAAUUUUGGGAAAGUUACCAGAGUUUUGUAGCCCUAAUCUAUAGGUUAUGAUAUAGAGAGAGAGAGAGACAGACAGAGAGAGAGACAGAGUGGAGACAAAUUUGACCGCAAUAACUAGCGUGGGAUAUGCAUCAACAGCAACCUUGGGAAAAUCCUCUUAUCAUUAAUAGCAGACUUGUACAUUUCCUUAGUGAAAAAGAGAGCAAAUGUCAAAUUGGCAGUUAAAUUUGGCAAAAAACACACACAUUUAUUUCCACAGGGCCAUGGGGUGAGACAGGGAUGCAGUUUAAGCCCCACCCGCUUCAAUAUGUAUAUCAACAAAUUGGCAAGGGCACUAGAACAGUCUGCAGCACCCGGCCUCACCCUAGAAUCUGAAGUCAAAUGUCUACUGUUUGCUGAUGAUCUGGUGCUUCUGUCACCAACCAAGGAGGGCCUACAGCAGCACCUAGAUCUUCUGCACAGAUUCUGUCAGACCUGGGCCCUGACAGUAAAUCUCAGUAAGACAAAAAUAAUGGUGUUUCAAAAAAGGUCCAGUUGCCAGGACCACAAAUUAAAAUUCCAUCUAGACACCGUUGCCCUAGAGCACACAAAACACGAUACAUACCUCGGCCUAAACAUCAGCGCCACAGGUAACUUCCACAAAGCUGUGAAUGAUCUGAGAGACAAGGCAAGAAGGGCCUUCUAUGCCGUCAAAAGGAACAUAAAAUUUGACAACCCAAUUAGGAUCUGGCCAAAAACACUUGAAUCAGUUAUAGAACCCCAUUGCCCUUUAUGGUUGUGAGGUCUGGGGUCCGCUCACCAACCAAGAAUUCACAAAAUCGGACAAACACCAAAUUGAGACUCUGCAUGCAGAAUUCUGCAAAAAAUAUCCUCAGUGUACAACGAAAAACACCAAAUAAUGAAUGCAGAGCAGAAUUAAGCCGAUACCCGCUAAUUAUCCAAAUCCAAAUUAUAGAACCACCUAAAAGGAAGUGAUUCCCAAACCUUCCAUAACAAAGCCAUCACCUACAGAGAGAUGAACUUGGAGAAAAGUCCCCUAAGCAAGCUGGUCCCGGGACUCUGUUCACAAACACAAACAGACCCCACAGAGCCCCAGGACAACAACACAAUUAGACCCAACCAAAUCAUUAGAAAACAACAUUCUGACACAUUGGAAUUAAUUUACCAAAAAACAGAGCAAACUAGAAUUCUAUUUGGCCCUAAACAGAGAGUACACAGUGGCAGAAUACCUGACCACUGUGACUGACCCAAAAUUAAGGAAAGCUUUGACUAUGUACAGACUCAGUGAGCAUAGCCUUGCUAUUGAGAAAGGCCGCCGAAGGCAGACCUGGCUCUCAAGAGAAGACAGGCUAUGUGCACACUGCCCACAAAAUGAGGUGGAAACGGAGCUGCACUUCCUAACCUCCUGCCAAAUGUAUGACCAUAUUAGAGACACACGUUUCCCUCAGAUUACACAGACCCACAAAGAAUUGGAAAACAAAUCCAAUUUUUAUAAACUCCCAUAUCUAUUGGGUGAAAUACCACAGUGUGCCAUCACAGCAGCAAGAUUUGUGACCUGUUGCCACAAGAAAAUGGCAACCAGUGAAGAAUAAACACCAUUGUAAAUAAAUAAAAUAAAAUAAAAUAAAAUUGUAUUUGUCACAUACACGUGUUUAGCAGAUGUUAUAGCGGGUGUAGCGAAAUGCUUGUGCUUCUAGCUCCGACAGUGCAGUAAUAUCUAACAAGUAAUAUCUAACAAUUUCACAACAUAUACCAAAUACACACAAAUCUAGUAAAGAAUGGGAUUUAAGAAUAUAUACAUAUACCGUCAGGAGGCCACAGUGUUGAGUAGGGUGUAGUGUACCGUCAGGAGGCCACAGUGUUGAGUAGGGUAUAGUGUACCGUCAGGUGGCCACAGUGUUGAGUAGGGUGUAGUGUACCGUCAGGAGGCCACAGUGUUGAGUAGGGUGUAGUGUACCGUCAGGUGGCAGUUGGCCACAGUGUUGAGUAGGGUUUAGUUUUCCGUCAGGGGCCCCAGUUUGAGUAGGGUUUAGGUACCGCCCGGUUGGCCACAGUGUUAAAGUAGGGUGUAGUUUUACCGUCAGGAGGCCACAUUUGUUAAAUUAGGGUUAUUUUACCGUAAAGGUGGCCACAGUGUUGAUUUGGGUGUAUUUACCUCGGUUUGGCCACAGUUUUGAGUAGGGUGUAGUGUACCGUCGGGUUUGGCCCAGUGUUUGAGUAGGGUGUAGUGUACCGUCAGGGGCAGUUGGCCACAGUUUUGAGUGGGGUUUAGGGGAAACCGUCAGGGGGGGCCCCCGUGUUGAGUAGGGUGUAUUGAAAACCGUCGGGAGGCGGGGGGCCCACAGGUGUUGAGUGGGGUGUAGGGGUACCGUCGGGACCCGGGUUGGCCACAGUGUUGAUUAGGGUGUAGUGUCCCCGUCCGAGGGCCCCAGGUUGAUGGGGGGUUUUUGGAAACCGUCAGGGGGCCCCCAUUUUUUUAGUGGUUUUGUAGGGGUACCGUCAGGGGGGCCACAGUGUUAGUGGGGGUGUAGUUACCGUCAGGGGCUUUUGGCCACUUUUUAUUAGGGUGUAGUGUCCCCUUCAGGGCCACAGUGUUGAUUAGGGUUGAAAGGGGGUACCGUCAGGGGCAGGGGGCCACAGGGGUUGGGGUAGGGGGGGUAGUGACCGUCAGGAGGCGGGGUUGGCCCCCGUUUUUGAGUAGGGUGAAAUUGUACCGCCCGGGAGGCCACAGUUUUGGGGUGGGUGUAGUGAAAACCGUCAGGUGGCCACCGUUUUUAAAUAGGGGGUAGUGAAACCGUCAGGAGGCCACAGUGUUGGUGGGUUUUAGUGUCCGUCGGGUGGCCACAGGGGGUUAAAGAAAGGGUGUAGUUUACCGUCAGGGGGCCCACAGUUUUGAGUAGGGUGUAUUUAAAACCGUCAGGAGGCCACAGUGUUAAAGUAGGGUGUAUUUGAAACCGUCAGGGGCCACAGUGUUGAUUAGGGUGUAGGGGUACCUUAGGGGGCCCCACACCAGGGGUUUGAGUGGGGUGUAGUGUCCCUCAGGGGCCCAGGGGUUGAGUAGGGUUUAGGUCCCCGUCGGGGGGGCAUUUUGGCGGGAGAACUCUGCAGGCAGUGGCGUAGAGCAUACCCCCUCUGAGGACAGCCAACCAAACCCGAGACAAACGGCAUUUUUCAGGCGGCACCAGCAUAACAGGCUAUCAGGGGGAAAGGCCCGCUCCCACCUCCUCCUCCCCCCUCUUCCUCCUCUCCUCCUCCUCCCUUCACCUCCUUCACCGGCGAGCCCUCUGUUUCCCCUUCCCUUUUAUUUUCCCAGGGCCCAACCCAUACCCUUUGAAGACGGGGGGGGGGGGUGAAGAGAAGAAAAUAUUUUUGGCGACAGAGAGCACAAGAGAGAGAAAGAGAGAGAGUAAAGAGAGAGAGAGAGAGAAGAGACAGGGGAGAUGGGGAAAAGCCCGAAAAAGGGGAAGAGAGCCAAGAAAAAGAGAGACAAAACCCAAGACAGAGACUAGACGGGAAGAAACCUAGACAGAGAAAAGAGAAGGACAGAAAACAAUAGACAAGACAGAGGACCCCCACAGAGAGAGAAGAGACCAAUAAGACAAGAAGAGACAGGAGAGCCCAAGGGGGGAAAACAAGAGAGACAGAGAGAAGACAAAAGAGAGAGAAAAAAGAGAGAAGAAAAAAGAGAGAGAGGAGAGAGAGAGAUAGAGAGAGAAAAAGAGAAGAGAGAGAGAAGAGAGAAAAGAGAGAGAGAGAGAUAGAGAGAGAGAAAGAAAAGGAGAAGGGGAUGAGAAGAGAGAAAAAAGGAGGAGAAAAAUAGAGAAAAGAGAGAAAAACCCUUUUCCCUCUCUUUUUACUCUCUCCUCUCCCCCUUCCCUUCCCCCCGCUUUCCCCCCCCCCCACCCCCCCCAAUGCCCCCGGGGGCCCCGGUCAAAUUAUUUAAAUUUAGGGGCGGUUCAUUUGGUAGGGGACCCCGGGUAUUUUCCCGCCCAGGGAAACGAGAUAUGUUUUUUUUUUUUCCCCCGGUUUCCCCCUUCCGGGGCCGGGUUUUUUGGGGGGAAAAAUUACUGUUAUUAUUAAUGCCUUUUUAAACAAAGACUUCCUCGGGGAAAAUGAAAAACCAAGGGGGAGGGAGGGGGGGGGAGGGAAUUCUUAAAACAGGGGGAAUAAGGGGAAGAAAACUGGUCGGGGAACUUUAAGGGGGGGUUUGGGGUUUUCGAAGGGGGGGGGUUUAAACGGAUUUUGGGGGUUAAAAAUUUGGGACAAACUUGGGAAGGGUGGGAAAAAUUUGGGGUUAAAGGGGGGGAAGGUUUAAUUCUUUAAAUGCCCGGGGGGGGGUUUAAAUAAAAAAAAAGUUUUUUUAGUUAAAGAGGACGGGACGUUGGGGGGGAAUUUUUGGGGGGAGGGGGAAAAAAAAAACUUGGGGGUGGGGGGGCCUAAAAAAAGCUUUAAGGGGGGGGUUCAAAAUUGAAUUUCCAAAGGGGAAAUUGGGGGAAUUGGGGGGUGGGGGGGAGGGGAAAACGGGGAAAAAGGGGGGGGGAGGGGGAAAGGGGGAAGGGGGGAAUAAAUUAAACAGGGGGGGAUUGGGUAGGGGGAAAAAAAUUAAAAAAAAAAAAAGGGGGCCGAAAACAAAUUCUUUUAAAAGGUUUUAACAAUUUGAAAAAAUUUAAAAUCGGGGGAAACCUUUUUGGGGGGGGUUAAAUAAUUUGAAAUAGGGGGCACCUGGGGGGCAAUAGCCCCCCUAAAAGAUUUUGGGGGGGUGGGGGGUAGUUCCGGGGGGGAAAAGGGGGGGGGGGAAAUAAUGGCCCCCAAUUGGGGAAACAAAAAGGGGUAACACCAAACCCCCCAAUGUUAAACCAUUUAAUUUUUGGGUGUCAAUUUUAAAAAAAAACCCCUCUUUAACCAGGGGGGGGGGUUUUUUUAAAGGGGGAUUUCGUUUUUUGGGUUAAGUCCCGGGGGGCCCCAAGGGCCAAAAUUUUAAAACUUUUUUUUUUUUGCGGGACCGGCUUACCCGAAGGGCCGUUUUCAAAAAAAAUUUGGGUUGGCCCUUUCACCCCCUUUUUUUCUAAAAGGUUUAAAACAAAAGGAAAAGGCAAUAAACCCAUAAAAUUCCCAAAACAUUCACCAAGGUCAUUUUCAAAAACCGGGUCCCUUUUACCCUUUUGUUUUUAGCCCUUUAAAAAUUAAAGAAUUAAAAAAAUUAAUUUAAAGAGAGAGAAAGGGCCAAAAAUUGGUUUUAAUUUUCCCAUAAACCCUUUAAAAUUUGGGGGGGGGGGGGGGUUAGAAGGAAUAACUUUAGCCUAUCCCAGGUAUUCCUUAAAGAGGUGGGGUUUCAAAUGUCUCCGGAAGGUGGUGAGUGACUCCGCUGUCCUGGCGUUCGUGAGGGAGCUUGUUCCACCAUUGGGGUGCCAGAGCAGCGAACAGUUUUGACUGGGCUGAGCGGGAGCUGUGCUUCCGCAGAGGAAGGGGAGCCAGCAGGCCAGAGGUGGAUGAACGCAAUGUCCUCGUUUGGGUGUAGGGACUGAUCAGAGCCUGAAGGUACAGGGGUGCCGUUCCCCUCACUGCUCCAAAGGCAAGCACCAUGGUCUUGUAGCGGAUGCGAGCUUCAAUUGGAAGCCAGUGGAGUGUGCGGAGGAGGGGGGUGACGUGAGAGAACUUGGGAAGGUUUGAACACCAGACGGGCUGCGGCAUUCUGGAUGAGUUGUAGGGGUUUAAUGGCACAGGCAGGGAGCCCAGCCAACAGCGAGUUGCAGUAGUCCAGACGGGAGAUGACAAGUGCCUGGACCAGGACCUGCGCCGCUUCCUGUGUAAGGCAGGGUCGCACUCUCCGAAUGUUGUAGAGCAUGAACCUGCAGGAGCGGGUCACCGCCUUGAUGUUGGCGGAGAACGACAGGGUGUUGUCCAGGGUCACGCCUAGGCUCUUCGCACUCUGGGAGGAGGACACAGCGGAGUUGUCUACCGUGAUGGCGAGAUCAUGGAACGGGCAGUCCUUCCCCGGGAGGAAGAGCAGCUCCGUCUUGCCAGGGUUCAGCUUGAGGUGGUGAUCCGUCAUCCAUACUGAUAUGUCUGCCAGACAUGCAGAGAUGCGAUUCGCCACCUGGUUAUCAGAAGGGGAUCAUCCCAGAAGGGGGAAACAAUCAACAAUCAAUCAUUUAUCUUCUCACUGAAUACAAAACCUACAUGUACUUUGUCAAGAAAGGUUAUUUUCAGUGGGAGUGAUUUACAAGUGCUGCCCGUGUGUGCGCCUGAAAAAAAAAAAAAAGAGACUCAUUGUUCAUAAAAAUGUCACAGUCUGACAUUCAUAACUGGGGUGGAAAGAAUUCUGGACUUUUAAAAGAGCCAGCCUCCCUCCAACUUUUCCUGUUGCGUGUUUGCGGAGGAAUGACAUUUGGAGAUCAGAGCCCUUUUAGAGAGGGUGACACACUGAUCUAGGAUCAGCGACUACACACAAAAAACAAAUAGAUCUAUAUAGCACCAGAUAAGGGUUAUUUGGCUUGUAACCAUAGCAGAUCCUUUUUGGUGCUAUAUAGAACCUUUUUUGAAGGUUCUAUAAAGAACCAUGCUCAUAAGGUUCUAAAUGGAAACAUUUAUGAUGCUAUAAAGAACUUUCCUAAGGUUCUAUAAAGAACUAUUAAAAAAGGUUCUAUAUAGCAGCAAAAAGGGUUCCGCUAUGGUUACAACCCUUUUUAAUGGUUCUUUAUAGAACCUUUAACCGUUCUCAAUCACAAAGGUUCUACAAAUAACUUUUUGAAGAACCAUACAGGCUUUGUUAUUCAGGUUAGCCAUAUUAUUUUGUAGAAAUUCCAUAAGCAUUUAUAUUGUGUUAAUUGACGAGUUGAAUCAGGUGUGAUGUUAUGUUUGAUGCCGGAGCUCCGAGGCACGCGUUGAAAUCGAUAAGCAGUGUACUUCGAAGCAGUGUGCCGAUGCCUGUAUCACUUUAUCAGAAGCACGUGAUGAAUGACGUCCGAAGCUUCGUUUCGUCGAACAACCACCUGAUUGGUUUGGUAUUGGUUUGAUAGAAGACAUAAAACUAUACACGUGCUACGGGGGUGUGGGACGUCUUCUAUAAUAAAUUGGCUGCUCAAAAUUAUUUUGUCCAGCAGGUGCCACUAGUGUUCACUGGUGUUGAUCAAAGCCUCAAGUAAUGAACCUAUUUUCAACACAAUUGGCUGGAAAACCUCAAAUGCUUCAGGAAGCUGUUUCCCCAUUACUAGUGCUAGCUAUGGAAUGGCUGGGUGUCCCUACAGAGAUAAUUGAGAUCCUCUGAUUUGGUCAACAAUUCCCAUUUCACACAAGGCCAUAUGUGAGUCUUUCAGAAGACACCGUCACUGGCCAUAGUCAUAUAUCAUAUAUAAUGGCAUAACACAACUGAUAAGAUCAACUGGAACGACACUCUCUCUCUCACGGUUGCACAAAAAGAUCUCUGCGCAAACCACGCCCCAAAAUAUUAGAAUGAGCUUCCGCCUCUACAUUUUAAUUAUCACUGAAAGAGCAAAGAACCCUUUUCAGAACUGCAAAGAACCAUUAAAGAGCUCAAAGGGUUAUUUUAGUCAUUAUGGUUCCACAUAGAACCAUCACCCUUCCCAUAGAACCCUUGAGGAACCCUCUUUUCCAAGUGUGUAUGGCCGUGGCAUAAGGUUCUUAACAUAUCUUUAGCAUGUCUGAAACAUCUCCUCUUAAAAAAUGUUCUUAGCAUGUCUUUCUGAGCAGAAAAUAGCCCAUUAUGAUAUUUUGAGCCAACAGCAACAAAAUCUUAAAAUUAAAUAUUUAAUUGACAAUAUGUUGAGGUUGACUGCAGGAUUAUAUGGAAAUGUUGAGGGUGACUGCAGGAUUAUAAGGAAAUGUUGAGGGUGACUGCAGGAUUAUAUGGAAAUAUUGAGGGUGACUGCGGGAUUAUAGGGAAAUGUUGAGGGUGACUGCAGGAUUAUAAGGGAAUGUUGAGGGUGACUGCGGGAUUAUAGGGGAAUGUUGAGGGUGACUGCAGGAUUAUAGGGAAAUGUUGAGGGUGACUGCAGGAUUAUAUGGAAAUAUUGAGGGUGACUGCGGGAUUAUAGGGAAAUGUUGAGGGUGACUGCAGGAUUAUAGGGAAAUGUUGAGGGUGACUGCAGGAUUAUAGGGGAAUGUUGAGGGUGACUGCGGGAUUAUAGGGAAACUAUGCCUCAAACCAUGUUAUAUGAAGGGUGUGGUUUGACUGGAACACAAACACACUCAUUGCAUCUCUGUCCUGUGUCUGUCUGUCUGUCUGUCUGUCUGUCUGUCUGUCUGUCUGUCUGUCUGUCUGUCUGUCUGUCUGUCUGUCUGUCUGUCUGUCUGUCUGUCUGUCUGUCUGUCUGUCUGUCUGUCUGUCCUGUGUCUGUCUGUCUGUCCUGUGUCUGUCUGUCUGUGUGUGUCUGUCCUUCUGUCCUGUGUCUGUCUGUCUGUCCUGUGUCUGUCUGUCUGUCUGUCUGUCUGUCCUGUGUCUGUCCUGUGUCUGUCUGUCUGUCCGUGUGUGUGUGUGUGUCCCUCUCUGUCCUGUUUCCAGCCUACUGCAUCAGUUUGAGCACCAUUUGCAUCUCUCUGAUGUUCAUCUGGGUCGGGGCUUUCUUCUGGUCUGUGGCUCCACUGCUGGGCUGGGGCAGCUACACAGGUUAGUGUCUCCGUCCAUCCAUUCAUUCAUCCAUCCAUCCAUUAAUCCAUCCAUUUAUCCAUCCAUUCAUUCAUCCAUCUAUCCAUUAAUCCAUCCAUUUAUCCAUCCAUUCAUUCAUCCAUCCAUCCAUCCAUUCAUCCAUCCAUCCAUUCAUAUAUCCGUUCAUCCAUCAAAGCACUGCUCUAAGCCAUCCAUUUAUAUAUCCUUCCAUUCAUCCAUCCAUCCAUUAAUUCAUCCAUCCAUCCAUCCAUUAAUCCAAUCCAUCCAUUCAUAUAUCCGUUCAUCCAUCGAAGCACUGCUCUAAGCCAUCCAUUCAUAUAUCCUUCCAUUCAUCCAUCCAUCCAUUAAUUCAUCCAUCCAUCCAUCCAUUAAUCCAUCCAUCCAUUCCCCUAUCUCUAGCUCCAGACGGUGGGUACGGGAACUGUGAGGUGGACUGGUCCAGGGCUAACUACUCCACCAUCUACAAGUCCUACAUCAUCUCCAUCCUCAUCUUCUGCUUCUUCAUCCCAGUCACGGUCAUGGUCUUCUCCUACGUCUCCAUCAUCAGUACCGUGAAGAGCAGCAACGCCAUGUCAGCUGACGGGUACCUCUCAUCCAGACAGAGGAAAGUGGAACGAGACGUCACUAGGGUGAGUCAAUUAACCAACCAACCAGCCGACCAACCAAUCAAUCAAUUAACCAACCAAAUCAAAUCAAAUCGUAUUUGUCACACGCGCCGAAUACAACAGGUGAAGACCUUACAGUGAAAUGCUUACUGACAAGCUUUAAUCAACAAUGCAGUUUUAAGAACAAUAGAAAAAUAACAAGUAAUUAAAGAGCAGCAGUAAAAUAAAAUAACAAUAGCGAGGCUAUAUACAGGGGGUACCGGUACAGAGUCAAUGUGCGGGGGCACCGGUUAGUCGAGGUAAUUGAGGUAAUAUGUACAUGUGGGUAGAGUUAAAGUGACUAUGCAUAAAUAAUAAGCAGAAGAGUAGCUGUUCAGGAGUCUUAUGGCUUGGGGGUAGAAGCUGUUGAGGAGCCUUUUGGACCUAGACUUGGUGCUCCGAUACCCCUUGCCGUGCGGUAGCAGAGAGAACAGUCUAUGACUAGGGUGGCUGGAGUCUUUGACAAUUUUUAGGGCCUUCCUCUGACACCACCUGGUAUAGAGGUCCUGGAUGGCAGGAAGCUUGGCCCCAGUGAUGUACUGGGCCGUACGCACUACCCUCUGUAGUGCCUUGCAGUCGGAGGCCGAGCAGUUGCCAUACCAUUUACAUUUACAUUUACGUCAUUUAGCAGACGCUCUUAUCCAGAGCGACUUACAAAUAGGCGCAUUCACCUUAUAGCCAGUGGGAUCACCACUUUACAAAGUUUUUUUUUUUUUUUGGGGGGGGGGGUUGGGGUUUGGGUUGGGGUAAGGGGGGGAUAGAAGGAUUACUUUAUCCUAUCCCAGGUAUUCCUUAAAGAGGUGGGUUUUCAAAUAUCUCCGGAAGGUGGUGAGUGACUCCGCUGUCCUGGCGUCGUGAGGGAGCUUGUUCCACCAUUGGGGUGCCAGAGCAGCGAACAGUUUUGACUGGGCUGAGCGGGAACUAUGCUUCCGCAGAGGUAGGGGAGCCAGCAGGCCAGAGGUGGAUGAACGCAAUGCCCUCGUUUGGGUGUAGGGACUGAUCAGAGCCUGAAGGUACAGAGGUGCCGUUCCCCUCACAGCUCCGUAGGCAAGCACCAUGGUCUUGUAGCAGAUGCGAGCUUCAACUGGAAGCCAGUGGAGUGUGCGGAGGAGCGGGGUGACGUGAGAGAACUUGGGAAGGUUGAACACCAGAUGGGCUGCGGCAUUUUGGAUGAGUUGUAGGGGUUUAAUGGCACAGGCAGGGAGCCCAGCCAACAGCGAGUUGCAGUAAUCCAGACGGGAGAUGACAAGUGCCUGGAUUAGGACCUGUGCCGCUUCCUGUGUAAGGCAGGGUCGUACUCUCCGAAUGUUUGUAGAGCAUGAACCUACAGGAUCUGGUCACCGCCUUGAUGUUAGCGGAGAACGACAGGGUGUUGUCCAGGGUCACGCCAAGGCUCUUCGCACUCUGGGAGGAGGACACAACAGAGUUGUCAACCGUGAUGGCGAGAUCAUGGAACAGGCAGUCCUUCCCCGGGAGGAAGAGCAGCUCCGUCUUGCCAAGGUUCAGCUUGAGGUGGUGAUCCGUCAUCCAUACUGAUAUGUCUGCCAGACAUGCAGAGAUGCGAUUCGCCACCUGGUUAUCAGAAGGGGGAAAGGAGAAGAUUAGUUGUGUGUCGUCAGCGUAGCAAUGAUAGGAGAGGCCAUGUGAGGAUAUGACAGAGCCAAGUGACUUGGUGUAUAGGGAGAAUAGGAGAGGGCCUAGAACUGAGCCCUGGGGGACACCAGUGGUGAGAGCACGUGGUGCGGAGACAGCUUCUCGCUACGCCACUUGGAAGGAGCGACUGGUCAGGUAGGACGCAAUCCAAGAGUGAGCCGCGCCGGAGAUGCCCAGCUCGGAGAGGGUGGAGAGGAGGAUCUGAUGGUUCACAGUAUCAAAGGCAGCAGACAGGUCUAGAAGGACAAGAGCAGAGGAGAGAGAGUUAGCUUUAGCAGUGCGGAGAGCCUCCGUGACACAGAGAAGAGCAGUCUCAGUUGAAUGACCAGUCUUGAAACCUGACUGGUUUGGAUCAAGAAGGUCAUUCUGAGAGAGAUAGCAAGAGAGUUGGCUAAAGACGGCACGCUCAAUAGUUUUGGAGAGAAAAGAAAGAAGGGAUACUGGUCUGUAGUUGUUGACAUCAGAGGGAUCGAGUGUUGGUUUUUUGAGAAGGGGUGCAACUCUCGCUCUCUUGAAGACGGAAGGGACAUAGCCAGCGGUCAAGGAUGAGUUGAUCAGCGAGGUGAGGUAAGGGAGAAGGUCACCGGAGAUGGUCUGGAGAAGAGAGGAGAGGAUAGGGUCAAGCGGGCAGGUUGUUGGGCGGCCUGCCGUCACAAGUCGCAAGAUUUCAUCUGGAGAGAGAGGGGAGAAAGAAGUCAAAGCAUAGGGUUAGGGCAGUGUGAGCAGGACCAGCAGUGUCAUUUGACUUAACAAACGAGGAUCGGAUGUCGUCAACCUUCUUUUCAAAAUGGUUGACGAAGUCAUCCACAGAGAGGGGGGGGGGGGGGGGGGGGGAUUCAGCAGGGAGGAGAAUGUGGCAAAGAGCUUCCUAUGGUUAGAGGCAGAUGCUUGGAAUUUAGAGUGGUAGAAAGUGGCCUUAGUAGCAGAAACAGAUGAAGAAAAUGUAGAGAGGAGGGAGUGAAAAGAUGCCAGGUCCGCAGGGAGUCUAGUUUUCUUCCAUUUCUGCUCAGCUGCCCGGAGCUCUGUUCUGUGAGCUCGCAAUGAGUCAUCAAGCCACGGAGCUGUAGGGGAGGACCGAGCCGGCCGGGAGGAUAGGGGACAUAGAGAGUCAAAGGAUGCAGAAAGGGAGGAGAGGAGGGUUGAGGAGGCAGAAUCAGGAGAUUGGAGGGAGAAGGAUUGAGCAGAGGGAAGAGAUGAUAGGAUGGAAGAGGAGAGAGUAGCGGGAGAGAGAGAGUGAAGGUUGCGACGGCGCAUUACCAUCUGUGUAGGGGCAGAGUGAGUAGUGUUGGAGGAGAGCGAGAGAGAAAAGGAUACAAAGUAGUGGUCGGAGACAUGGAGGGGAGUUGCAGUGAGAUUAGUAGAAGAACAGCAUCUAGUAAAGAUGAGGUCAAGCGUAUUGCCUGCCUUGUGAGUAGGGGGGGACGGUGAGAGGGUGAGGUCAAAAGAGGAGAGGAGUGGAAAGAAGGAGGUAGAGAGAAAUGAGUCAAAUGUAGACGUAGGGAGGUUGAAAUCCCCCAGAACUGUGAGGGGUGAGCCAUCCUCAGGAAAGGAACUGAUCAAGGCGUCAAGCUCAUUGAUGAACUCUCCAAGGGAACCUGGAGGGCGAUAGAUGACAAGGAUAUUAAGCUUAAAUGGGCUAGUGACUGUGACAGCAUGGAAUUCAAAUGAGGAGAUAGACAGAUGGGUCAGGGGAAAAAUUUAGAAUGUCCACUUGGGAGAGAUGAGGAUUCCUGUGCCACCACCCUGCUGACCAGAUGCUCUCGGGGUAUGCGAGAACACAUGGUCAGACGAGGAGAGAGCAGUAGGAUUAGCAGUGUUUUCAGUGGUAAUCCAUGUUUCCGUCAGCGCCAAGAAGUCGAGGGACUGGAGGGUAGCAUAGGCUGAGAUGAACUCUGCCUUGUUGGCAGCAGAACGGCAGUUCCAGAGGCUGCCUGAGACCUGGAACUCCACGUGGGUGGUGCGUGCAGGGACCAGGCAGUGAUGCAACCAGUCAGGAUGCUCUCGAUGGUGCAGCUGUAGAAACUUUUGAGGAUCUGAGGACCCAUGCCAAAUCUUUUCAAUCCAUGAGGGGGAAUAGGCUUUGUCGUGCCCUCUUCACGACUGUCUUGGUGUGUUUGGACCAUGAUAGUUUGUUGGUGAUGUGGACACCAAGGAACUUGAAGCUCUCAACCUGCUCCACUACAGCCCCGUCAAUGAGAAUGUGGGUGUGCUCGGUCCUCUUCUUUUUCCAGUAGUCCACAAUCAUCUCCUUUGUCUUGAUCACGUUGAGGGAGAGGUUGUUAUCCUGGCACCACACGGCCAGGUCUCUGACCUCCUCCCUAUAGGCUGUCUCAUCGUUGUCGGUGAUCAGGCCCUUCCACUGUUGUGUUGUCAGCUAAAUUAAUGAUGGUGUUGGAAUUGUGCCUGGCCAUGCAGUCAUGAGUGAACAGGGAGUACAGGAGGGGACUGAGCAUGCACCACUGAGGGGCCCCCGUGUUGAGGAUCAGCGUGGCAGAUGUGUUGUUACCUACCCUUACCACCUGGGGGUGGCCCGUCAGGAAGUCCAGGAUCCAGUUGCAGAGGGAGGUGUUUAGUCCCAGGGUCCUUAGCUUAGUGAUGAGCUUUGAGGGCACUAUGGUGUUGAAGCUGUAGUCAAUGAAUAGCAUUCUCACAUAGGUGUUCCUUUUGUCCAUUUGGUAAAGGGCAGUGUGGAGUGCAAUAGAGAUUGCAUCAUCUGUGGAUCUGUUGGGGCGGUAUGCAAAUUGGAGUGGGUCUAGGGUUUCUGGGAUAAUGGGAUAACCCUAACCCAACCAAUCAACCAACCAACCAGCCAACCAACCAACCAACCAACCAAUCAACCAGCCAGCCAACCAACCAACCAACCAAUCAACCAACCAACCAACCAACCAGCCAACCAACCAACCAACCAACCAACCAAUCAACCAACCAACCAAUUAAUACAUUCAAUCAAUAACAUUUAGUUAGAGGACCUAUUUACAUCAACAGAACCGAAACAGAAAGUGAUUUAAAAAUAACCCAGCCUAGACCGCAAAAGGUUCAAAUCAAAUGAAAAAUAUUUGUCACAUGCAAACAACAGGUGUAGACUAACAGUGAAAUGCUAACUGACGGUCCCUUCCCAACAAUGCAGAGAGAAAAACAGAAAAAUAAUAACACAAGGAAUAAAUACACGAUGAGUAACGAUAACUUGGCUAUAUACAGUACAUGGGGUACCAGUACCGAGUCGAUGUGCAGGGGGACGAGGUAAUGGAGGUAGAUAUGUACAUAUACUGUAGGUAGGGGUAAAGUGACUAGGCAACAGGAUAGAUAAUAGACAGUAGCAGCAGUAUACUGAAGGUAGGGGUAAAGUGACUAGACAACAGGAUAGAUAAUAGACAGUAGCAGCAGUAUACUGUAGGUAGGGGUAAAGUGACUAGGCAACAGGAUAGAUAAUAGACAGUAGCAGCAGUAUACUGUAGGUAGGGGUAAAGUGACUAGACAACAGGAUAGAUAAUAGACAGUAGCAGCAGUAUACUGUAGGUAGGGGUAAAGUGACUAGACAACAGGAUAGAUAAUAGAACAGUAGCAGCAGUAUACUGUAGGUUAGGGGUAAAGUGACUAGGCAACAGGAUAGAUAAUAGACAGUAGCAGCAGUAUACCGUAGGUAGGGGUAAAGUGACUAGACAACAGGAUAGAUAAUAGACAGUAGCAGCAGUAUACUGUAGGUAGGGGUAGAGUGACUAGACAACAGGAUAGAUAAUAGACAGUAGCAAGCAGUAUACUGUAGGUAGGGGUAAAGUGACUAGGCAACAGGAUAGAUAAUAGACAGUAGCAGCAGUAUACUGUAGGUAGGGGGUAAAGUGACUAGGCAACAGGAUAGAUAAUAGACAGUAGCAGCAGUAUACUGUAGGUAGGGGUAAAGUGACUAGACAACAGGAUAGAUAAUAGACAGUAGCAGCAGUAUACUGUAGGUAGGGGUAAAGUGACUAGGCAACAGGAUAGAUAAUAGACAGUAGCAGCAGUAUACUGUAGGUAGGGGUAAAGUGACUAGACAACAGGAUAGAUAAUAGACAGUAGCAGCAGUAUACUGUUGGUAGGGGUAAAGUGACUAGACAACAGGAUAGAUAAUAGACAGUAGCAGCAGUAUACUGUAGGUAGGGGUAAAGUGACUAGACAACAGGAUAGAUAAUAGACAGUAGCAGCAGUAUACUGUAGGUAGGGGUAAAGUGACUAGACAACAGGAUAGAUAAUAGACAGUAGCAGCAGUAUACUGUAGGGAGGGGUAAAGUGACUAGACAACAGGAUAGAUAAUAGACAGUAGCAGCAGUAUACUGUAGGUAGGGGUAAAGGGACUAGACAACAGGAUAGAUAAUAGACAGUAGCAGCAGUAUACUGUAGGUAGGGGUAAAGUGACUAGACAACAGGAUAGAUAAUAGACAGUAGCAGCAGUAUACUGUAGGUAGGGGUAAAGUGACUAGACAACAUGAUAGAUAAUAGACAGUAGCAGCAGUAUACUGUAGGUAGGGGUAAAGUGACUAGGCAACAGGAUAGAUAAUAGACAGUAGCAGCAGUAUACUGUAGGUAGGUGUAAAGUGACUAGACAACAGGAUAGAUAAUAGACAGUAGCAGCAGUAUACUGUAGGUAGGGGUAAAGUGACUAGACAACAGGAUAGAUAAUAGACAGUAGCAGCAGUAUACUGUAGGUAGGGGUAAAGUGACUAGACAACAGGAUAGAUAAUAGACAGUAGCAGCAGUAUACUGUAGGGAGGGGUAAAGUGACUAGGCAACAGGAUAGAUAAUAGACAGUAGCAGCAGUAUACUGUAGGUAGGGGUAAAGUGACUAGGCAACAGGAUAGAUAAUAGACAGUAGCAGCAGUAUACUGUAGGUAUGGGUAAAGUGACUAGACAACAGGAUAGAUAAUAGACAGUAGCAGCAGUAUACUGUAGGUAGGGGUAAAGGGACUAGACAACAGGAUAGAUAAUAGACAGUAGCAGCAGUAUACUGUAGGUAGGGGUAAAGUGACUAGACAACAGGAUAGAUAAUAGACAGUAGCAGCAGUGUAUGUGAUGAGUCAAAAGAGUUAGUGCAAAAGGGGAUCAAAGCAGAUAGAGAUUGAGUCAUCUGUGGAUCUGUUGGGGCGGUAUGCGAAUUGGAAUGGGUCUAGGGUGUCUGGGAUGAUGGUGUUGAUAUGAGCCAUGACCAGCCUUUCAAAGCAUGUCAUGGCUACAGAUGUGAGUGCUACGGGGCGAUAGUCAUUUAGACAGGUUGCCUUGGCGUUAUUGGGCACAAGGACUAUGGUGGUCUGCUUGAAACAUGUUGGUAUUACAGACUGGGUCAGGAAGAUGUUGAAAAGGUCAGUGAAGACACUUGCCAGCUGGUCAGCGCAUGCUACAAGUCCUGGUAAUCUGUCUGGCAUCGCAGACUUGUGAAUGUUAACCCGUUUAAAGGUCUUACUCACAUUGGCUAUGAAAAGCGAAAUCACACAAGUCGUCCGGAACGGCUGGUGCUCUCAUGCAUGGUUCAGAGUCACUUACCUAGAGGCGAGCAUAGAAGGCAUUUCACUCUUCUGGUAGGCUCGUGUCACUGGGGCAACUAGCGGUUGCGAUUCCCUUUGUAAUCCUUGAUAGUUUUCAAGCCCUGCCACAUCCAACGAGCGUCAGAGCCGGUGUUGUAGGAUUCGAUCUUAGUCCUGUAUCGACGCUUUGCCUGUUUGAUAUCUCUUUGGAGGGCAUAGCAGGAUUUCUUAUCAGCAGCGUCCAGAUUAGUGUCCCGCUCACUGAAAGCGGCAGUUCUGUCCUUAAAUUCAGUGUGGAUGUUGCCUAUAAUCCAUGGCUUCUGGUUGGAAUAUGUACGUACGGUCACUGUGGGGAUGAUGUCGUCGAUGCUCUUAUUAAUGAAGCUGGUGACUGCUGUGGUAAACUCCUCAAUGCCAUCGGAUGAAUCGCGAAACGUAUUCCAGUCUGUGCUGAGAGAAACAGUCCUGUAGCUUUUUUAAACAUAUUUUCUCUGUCCCUUCUCCUCCAGGUCUCCAUAGUGAUCUGCACAGCCUUCAUCAUGGCGUGGUCUCCCUAUGCGGUGGUCUCCAUGUGGUCUGCCUGUGGUUACCACGUCCCCAACAUGACUUUGAUCUUCACCCGUCUCUUCGCUAAGUCCGCCUCCUUGUACAACCCCUUCAUCUACUUCGGAAUGAGUUCUAAGUUCCGUAAGGACGUCUUCGCGCUGUUGCCAUGUUACGGUGGCUCCGCCCACAAGGAAGUGGUCCGUCUCAAGAACUUCCAGGAGCUUAACGAGCUGAAGCCGAAAGACCAUCCCGAGGCCACGACCCUUUUUGUGCUUCCUGUGACCUCACUUCCUCUGCAGUCGAGAGAGGGGAAGUACAGCAAGGAAGAGAUGCUGCAGCCAGAGGGUCCCAUGGCUCAGGAUUCAGACUCAGGGGUGAACAGUCCAUCCCACACCCCACCUACUGCCAGUCAGGAGUCCCUCUACUACAUUCCCAAUGUACCCCUUACCCCCUUACCCAGCAUGCACUCUGAGACGCCA